AUGGCUGCGAACCCAGGGACUCAACUUUUACCUGGAGGGCUUCGGAUAUUCAGUUACAAGGAACUGUCUCAGGCGACACGUGGAUUCUCCGAAUUUGAGAAGUUUGGCGGGUCGUCGUUCUACCGAGGGUUCUUGCUCUGCCACGAGCACGGGCUCCAGGUGGCCAUCAAAAGGGUUUUCAUUUCAUCCAAAACAAGAGUGAAAAUCCUGGAGGUAAGCCUCCUCAGUGAGUUGAAGCAUCGCAACAUUGCCCAGUUGAUUGGGUGGUGUCACGAAGCCGAUGAGCUCUUACUUGUCUACGAGUUCUCGACGAAAGGCAGCCUCAGAGACCAUCUCUAUAGUUCAGGAUCCAUCCUGACAUGGCCAAUUAGGUACAAGAUCAUUCUUGGUGUAGGCGACGCCUUGCUCUACUUGCACCGUCAAUGGAGUUCGGUUGUCGUGCACGGGAACAUUAAGCCUAGCAGCGUUAUGCUUGACUCAUCCUUCAAUGCGAGGCUGGGGGACUUUGGGCUUGCAGGCAUGACUGAGUCGACUGAGUACGACUCCAUGGUAGUAUUGGGAACCAUUGGCUAUAUUUCCCCAGAGCUCGCCAGCGGCCACAUGUUGAGGUUCACCACUGAAACCGACGUCUACAGCUUUGGGGUCCUCCUCCUCGAGCUCGCCAGCGGUCGGCCGCCAAUCCUUCGCGGGGAGCACCAAGACAGAGACAGGGUUAAUCUCGUGUGGUGGGUCUGGAAGCUGUACGGGCGAGGCGCCCUCCUUGACGCAGCGGAUCCAGGCCUCCAUGGCGAGUUCGACGCAGAUCAGAUGGAGCGCGCGUUGAUUGUGGGCCUGUGGUGCGUGCACGAAGACUACCGCGACCGGCCAUCCAUGAACCAAGCGAUGACUGCGCUCCGCCACCUCGAAGAUCCACCGCCGCAACUAGAGCUACCCUCUGACAUAGCCGCUGGACAAGAGCUAACCACUACAUCAGAUGAUGAGAGUGUACAAUGA